GGAUGCGACGUCCCAGCUGCUGCUCUUAUAAAUGUGACCAGAUCUAGAGUUUCGGUACUGGAGAAUGAGACUUACACUAGCGGAGCAUCAUACGUCAAGACGGUGGACCUGCCAGUCCUUUAGUUUUUAUUUUAAUUUUCUCGUUUCUCCAGGUGUCUUAUAGUAGGAAAUAAAAUGGCCACGUCCGCCAGUGCCAGCCUGAGUAAAGCUGUAAAGCAGCAGUACAUGGAGCUCCCUCAGGGGGAUAAAGUCCAAGCCAUGUAUAUUUGGAUUGAUGGAACCGGUGAGGGGCUCCGAUGCAAAACCAGGACGCUGGAUUUUGAGCCCAAAAGCAUUGAUGAUCUACCUGAGUGGAACUUUGAUGGCUCCAGCACCUACCACCUGCUGCCAUGUUCCGUGAUCCAUUCCGUAAAGACCCCAACAAGCUGGUCCUGUGUGAAGUGCUGAAGUACAACCACAAACCUGCAGAAACCAACCUUCGAAUUACAUGUAGGAAGGUGAUGGAGAUGGUGGAGGACCACCACCCCUGGUUUGGUAUGGAGCAGGAGUACACCAUUCUGGGCACAGAUGGACACCCAUUUGGCUGGCCGUCUAAUGGUUUCCCUGGACCACAGGGUCCAUACUACUGUGGUGUGGGAGCUGACAAAGCCUAUGGCAGAGAUAUAGUGGAGGCCCAUUACAGAGCUUGCCUGUACGCUGGAGUCCAGAUCGGUGGCACAAAUGCAGAAGUGAUGCCUGCUCAGUGGGAGUUCCAGAUUGGACCUUGUGAAGGGAUCAACAUGGGCGAUCAUCUCUGGGUGGCUCGCUUCAUCCUGCAUCGUGUCUGUGAAGACUUCGGCGUUGUUGCCACGUUUGACCCCAAACCAAUCCCUGGUAACUGGAAUGGUGCUGGCUGCCAUACUAACUUCAGCACAAAAGGGAUGAGGGAAGAAGGUGGAUUAAAAAUCAUUGAAGACUGCAUUGAGAAGCUUGGCAAGAGGCACCACUAUCACAUUCGUGCCUAUGACCCCAAAGGGGGGCUUGACAAUGCUCGACGUCUCACCGGCCGCCAUGAAACAUCAAACAUCAACGAAUUCUCUGCAGGUGUGGCCAACCGUGGAGCCAGCAUCCGCAUUCCUCGUACCGUUGGCCAGGAGAAGAGAGGCUACUUUGAGGACCGUCGUCCAUCAGCAAACUGUGACCCAUAUGGUGUGACCGAAGCCCUCAUCCGUACCUGUCUGCUUAACGAGGAAGGAGACGAACCUACUGAUUACUAAAUUCACAACUCGACUGCCCUCUUGACUUUCUUUAAACUAGUACUGUAUUUUUUUUCUUUUCCUCCCACUGACACUAUUUUAACCUACAUUUUAAUGGCUCAAAGUUGGCUGGUCAACUUAAACAUGACAAGGUAAUGAAAAUCCUUGGUAGUUUUGAACUGGUAAUAACAGGGUAUGUCUUUCCCGUCUUCUUGAGAGGGGAUUGGCUUUUGUAACACUGUUUUAUAGCCCAUGUCAUAUCCGUCCCUUUUUGUCUGUAACUAAAAAGAACUAAAGCACAUGGACACUGAAGAGUAGAGCUGCUAAGCCUGGACAGCAUGUGUAAUGUAAAAAAAAUCUGACAGGUUUGUGUACUGUUAAUGUUGACCUGCCUCUUCAACUAUCUAGUAUGUGGUGUGCUACUAAUUCUUUAAUUUUUAUAAAGUCACUUUUUUAUUAAAUGGCACCAUUUAUCGUCAGAUUUCGACACACCGGGUCACCUUGUGUGGUACAUGUUGUAAAUGUCUGUACCCAGGCACAUGUUCAACUGUGGUGGACUUGGCCAUAAUGCCAUUUGUAGAUUUCCUUAAGGAGUUUUAUCCUUUUGUUAACUACAAUAUUGUAAUGCACCUGAUUUGGUAAAACAUCAUGUUUACUGAAUUUAGUGUUUUUAUUGAUACAUUUAAAACUUAUUUUUAUCACA